ACAUUAGCGGGCACUUCAGUUCCUAGGUCGACCGGGAUUCUCGGGCGGAAGUGGCCGAACCGGCGGUCCUAGGAGGCAGAGUCGGGUCCCGGAAUCUGCACAGAGGAGUCUGCCGAGGGGACGCGCCCAACUCCUCCUCGUACUGCGUCGGGUCGCCAUGAAGGACUCGCUGGUGCUGCUGGGCCGUGUCCCGGCGCACCCGGACUCGCGCUGCUGGUUCCUGGCCUGGAACCCCACGGGAACCCUGCUAGCCUCGUGCGGGGGCGACCGUAGAGUCCGCAUCUGGGGCACCGAGGGUGACAACUGGAUCUGCAAAUCUGUCCUUUCUGAAGGCCACCAGCGCACUGUGCGGAAGGUGGCCUGGUCUCCCUGCGGCAAUUACCUGGCCUCUGCCAGUUUUGAUGCCACCACUUGUAUUUGGAAGAAGAAUCAGGAUGACUUUGAGUGUGUGACCACUCUGGAAGGCCAUGAAAAUGAGGUCAAGUCAGUGGCCUGGGCCCCAUCUGGCAAUCUCCUUGCUACCUGCAGCCGAGAUAAGAGUGUGUGGGUCUGGGAAGUUGACGAAGAAGAUGAGUAUGAAUGUGUCAGUGUCCUCAAUUCCCAUACGCAGGAUGUCAAGCAUGUGGUCUGGCACCCAAGCCAGGAGAUGUUAGCCUCUGCCAGCUAUGAUGACACGGUGAAGCUAUACCGGGAGGAAGAGGACGACUGGGUGUGCUGUGCCACCCUUGAGGGUCAUGAAUCCACCGUGUGGAGCUUGGCCUUUGACCCCAGUGGCCAGCGUCUAGCGUCUUGCAGUGAUGACCGUACCGUGCGCAUCUGGCGCCAGUACCUACCAGGCAAUGAGCAAGGGGUGGCGUGCAGCGGCUCUGACCCCAGCUGGAAAUGUAUCUGCACUUUGUCAGGCUUCCACUCCAGGACCAUCUACGACAUUGCUUGGUGUUCGCUGACAGGGGCCCUGGCUACAGCUUGUGGGGACGAUGCCAUCCGAGUGUUUGAGGAGGACCCCGGCUCAGAUCCGCAGCAGCCCACCUUCUCCCUGACAGCGCACUUGCCUCAGGCCCACUCCCAGGAUGUCAACUGUGUAGCCUGGAACCCCAAGGAGCGAGGGCUUCUGGCCUCCUGCAGCGAUGAUGGGGAGAUGGCCUUCUGGAAGUAUCAGCGGCUUGAAGGCCUCUGAGCCACCUUGACUUUGGACAGAAUUAUGGUUCCCCCCAAAAUGUCAUUAAGACUUUUCUAGCCCAAGAAGACCUGGAAGAGCAGCCUGGCCUUCCUUUAACUUGGCUCUCCCGUUCAGAUCUGGGUAGAUGUGUGGAGCCAUGUGACUACUCACUCCUUCCCACGUUGACAUGGGCCCUUGGUGAAGAACUGUGGAAGAACAGUACCUUGUAGUUAUGCCACGGAUUUUGCUUCCCUUAAGGAUAGAUACAGUGCUAAAGUUUGCGGGGUGAAUGUACUACUUAUAAUCACCAUGUUUAUAUAUCAGAGGCAUAUAUCUCAGACCUUUCUGAAAUUGUAAGCCUUAUAGAAAUAAUCCAUCUGAGUCCCAAGUCCUAUUUAUAUUAUUAGGACAUUCAUAAUUUAAAACAUUUCCAUGAUGAGUCCCUUUCUGAAAUAGGUCCUGCCUUCCUGAUUUCUGACGAAGUCCUUGCAUUUAAAACAUUCACUCAGUAUUGAAGAUUUUCUGAUGUAGGCUAGUUUAGAGUAAGACAUCUCUGCUUUCCCUUAGGAACCUUUGUGUAUCUUCUAUGCCUUCCGGGGAAUGCCAAAAAAAUAGGGAUGGGUGUGACAUCUAAAAGGGAGAAUUAUUAUUGGCCAUAGGCCAUGCAUUCUCAAUGGAGCUGAAAAUUGGCUCUUCGAUGAAGGACAGAAAAAUCUUAGAGACAAUGAUUUGUGGCCUUCCAAGGGACUGUAGUACACAACAUGCAGUGUAUCUAUGGUAUUAAAUUUUCAUGGUGAAGGCAAGUAGGCAAAAGAUGUCUGAUAUAGCCCUGCUGGUUGCUCAGUGGUUAGAGCGUCAGCCUAUGAACUACAGACAACUGGUGGUCCGUGAGGUCCAAAAGGUUGGCGACCACUGGACUAAAAGGUCCCAGGUUCUAUUCCCAGCCAAGGGCACAUACUUGGGUUACAAGUUCUCCAGCCUUGGUAGGAGCACGUAUGGGAGACAACCAACCAAUGUGUCUCACAUCGAUGUUUCUCUCCCCUUCUUCCUCCUUUCUACUCUCUAGAAAUCGAUGGGAAAAAUAUCCUUGGAUGAGGAUUUAAAAAAAAAAUAGAUGUCUGAUACAGCUCUUGAAGAGAGUGAUAAUGAAAAAAAGGUGGUGAAUACUGCCAUGGGCGAUCAGUUCUGUCAUCUCAAGUUCUUUUGUCAUUUCCAUAUGGGUUUUGACUUGAGGACAGUUCCCCAAAGCUAUAGCCUUAAUUUUUUACACAGAAAUAUUGACAGACUGAAGUGGCACACAGAGCAGUACCAACCCAAGCGCCUGGAGGUUGGGUCCGAGAGGUCAGCUGUUGACAUGUUGGCAGGAACCAUGGCAGUGGCACCAACUACUAGUUAUAGUUUUGGGUUUUCUUUUUCUCUCUUUUUUUUUUAAAUCAUCAUCCGAGGAUAUUUUUCCCAUUAUUUUUUUUAGCAAGAAUGGGAGUGGGGGAGAGAAACAUCAAUAUGAGAGACACGUUGGUUGCCUCCUGCGUGCGCUCUGACCAACUAGGGCCAGGCAUGGAACCUGCACCCCAGGUACAUGCCCUUGACCAGAAUCGAACCUGUGACCAUUUGGUGUGUGGGCUGGAGGUCUAACCACUGAGCAUACCAGCCAGGGCUGUAGUAGUCUUCACUGCCUUGCUCUCACAGCAGUAUUGUCAACUUCACUUAGAAAUGUCCUUCAAGAACAAUUACAGGCUAUUAGUAAGAUCUUGACCCUUGGGAAACGAUGGCAAUGGCAGCAUGCAGAAGCACAGAGGUCUGUCUUAAGGAAAAGCUAAUGUGUAGCUGAGUGAGCUAUAUAUCAUUUUUACUUAAAAGAAGUAGCAAAUUGUGGUAUCAAAACUUGGCUACUUGGCCUAUGAUUUCUAGGAAAUGAAUGAGCCUUUCACUUCAAGGGCAACUGAUAGCAUUGCCAAUGAUCAAGCUUUCAAGCAAAAAUUAGAAUUUUGGAAAACUUGCAUAGCCACCAUGAGCUUGCCAUCUUCCCAAUUCUUACUCUCCUGAUGAGAUUGGUGGUGAUACCAACAAAUGUGACUUGUAGGAUGAAAUAUGUUGACAUAUGUCUGCCUGAUUAAGUGAAUCAGCAUUUUCCAAAUGAUUAAUGCAUGAUGUUACAGAAUCACUCAUGGGUAAGAAAGACUGUAGGUCUUAACGUAACGGUACAAGAAGCUCAUUGAUAAGGUUUCAGACUCCACAUUGCACCUAAGAAACUAUCACUUACGGAGUCUCACUAUAGCAUCGAAUAGCCACAAUUUCCUGAAAUGACUAUAAAAACUUCCAACUGUUUAUGUGCAUAAAGUCAGUUUUACUUCAAUUUAAAUAACACACAAUUGGAGCAAC